GUGGUGAGGAAAGAGGCAAACAUGGGGAGACUCUCUCACCCAUGAGAUACUAAUAUAUACAUGUUGAAUAUUUGACAAAAGUUGGUGGUUGGCAGUGCAAAAUGGGACUUUGGCGCGAACGGAUGUUGUGUUUCUCGUCUGCACAGAGUUAGCAUCCAGAGUGCUUGGUGGAUCAUUUUCCCAGCCACAUAUAUAUAGCCGUGGGAGAGGGCGAGCGAGAGAGAGAGAGAGAGUGUGUGAGAGGAUGCCAAUGGGUGUGAGUGAGAGAGUGGAUACGCAAGGAUAUGAAGAAAAAAGAUAAAUGAGAGUGUAAAAUUUACCUCGAGUGUGUGUCAAGAAUGUCACAGUGGUGGUAUUUUUGAGUAAUACUUAAUAGUUGGUGUGCGGAGAAAAGAGUCCAGCAUCGAGUUGAAGAAAAAAACAACUCACAAGGAGGAUUUCCUGCGAAGGGCAAUUUCAAGUAUCUCAGGCGAAGAGGGACGGAAGGGAUUGCUGAGAUGAGUGUCGAGUGAGGAUUGCGAGGAGGAUGGCGCUAAGAUGAAGGUCGACAAGGCUGUCUGUACCAGCGACGUCCUGGAGGAUCUCAGCCGCGCCAUCAAGUUCGAGGCGGUGUUCACGACGCUCGUGGAGAACAAGAUUGUGGCCAUCAAGAGGGAAUGCGAGGAGAAGGCGCAGCUGAAGAAGGCCAAGAAGCGCCGCUUCGCGCUGCGGCGCCUCUUCAGCAAGCCCGCCGAGGCGGACGUGGAGGUGGGCGACGCUGCUGAGCCGGAGCAGGAGCAGGUGGCGAGUGUGCAGGAGGUGAAGGCAGAGGUGAAUGAGAGCGACUCCCCGCGGACGCUCAAUCGGCCGGAGACCGAGGCGUCCGGGAGUGGCGUGGAGCUGGAGCAGUUUGAUGUCGUCAGCAUCCGGAGCGACAUGUGCCGGACGGGCGAGGCGGCGGCUGCAGUGGCGGAGGACGGGAAGCUGAGCCAGAGUGACGAUGUGAUCUUCAGGACGAAGCCGCCGCGGCGACAGGCGAGAGCGCGCUUCAAGGAGGACGUCGUGGAGACAACGAUGGAAGUGAAGCCGGCGAAGGCGAAGCGGAAGUACAAUCUGCGAGAGGCGAGCCUGCUGCUGGAGCAGGAGCGCCAUCGGCUGCGCAUCCUCGAGGCGAAGUCCAUCAGUGCUCAGUGCAGUCCAAUUCUGGCGCGUCACCAGCCCUCGGACUCGCCGGAUCUCAGCCUCGAGUCGCGGCACUCUGCGCCGCCGGCCGUGGCGGAAGCGCCCAGAAAGGUGCGCCACGAGGCCUCAGUCAAUUACCAGGCGACAAAUCCCCUGUCGCAGGGGUUCGUGAGUAGUUUUAAUCAAUUAACGACGUCACACCUGCCUGUGAUGGCGACUGCCAAAUCAAAGACUCCAUGUGAUAUGAUUAAGAUGCAUCGCAUGUCACCCGGAAGAGCCCGACAGGACGAUGCUGCCGAAUCCUCACUCGUGGGCGAGACUGUGGACGAGGAGGCGGCCAAGAAGAAGAAGUCCUGGCACAGGAUUGCGCAUCGACUGUCAGAUCCCGUUCUCGUGUAUCCGUCUACCAGUGGCCUCCAGCACUGCAUCCUGAGUCGGCCACCCAACCAGCCCAUAGAUCUCCCGUACGAUGAGGACUUUAUCUACGAUGUCUCGCUGCAAAUCGAUCCGGAGAGGAGUGGAGACGUCGAGGCUGUCAUUCCAGGGCAACGCAGGCACAAGCACAAACAUCACAAGCACUGCAAGAAGAAAAGACACAAACGGAGAAAGAUUUUGGUGCACGAUAUCGAUGAACAGAUUGUGAAAGUGAUUGAUCCGGACGACCUUCCAAAGAGGGCGAGAUGGACGAUAAUUGCAACGGCCUGUCUUCUCUUGGUAAUGUGCCUCCUGUUGGUGGGUGUCACCCUUCGCAUGGCCCCAAUAAUUGACGAUAUGGUUCGGCAGGAAAAUGAGCGACUCAUGCAGGAAUCCCUGAAUCGGGCCAAAUUCGCCAAAAAUUUCACCGAUGCUGCUUCUCUGACUGCACAAGAGGAAAUUCCAUAACGAUGCUUUGAAUUCUUCCGCCAGCAUUCGCGCUGCCAGCGAGUCUCCGGCAUGGCGUGGUGGGCGCUCCUCAGCUGGAUGGGGAGCGCGAGUAAGAAUUCAUUACGCGGCAGUUGAUGAGUCUUCGACUGCACGGCGGAGUUGCGGCGGUAUUUGGGCGGCCCGAGGCGGCAAAUCCUUUUUGCCAGCCCAAAUGCCUUCGCGCGCACGGAGAAUCCUGGCCUCCCCCGCGUUCCAGCUGCAGACGCGCUGGAUGACGAGAGCGACAGAGUCUCCCGUCAUCAAAGGGAUGUUCAUUGUUAGAUAGAAAACUGCAUUCAUAUCGCGCUCUGUGUCUCUCUCUGCAGAAGGGAAAGCAAAUUACAAAUUCGUGAGCUCGGGGUUCAUCAAUUUGCCCCGCGAGUGCUGCCAGGUUUCGCUGUGAAAUUGAAAUUUACGCGCAAUUGCACACUUAAUAAGGUAACCGUGUAUUAGAUGAGGUUUAGCGUUUAAUCGCCGGAGAGAAAGCGCCGCAUUGAGGAAGUCAAAAGGCAAACUUACACUCUAUUCCCACAGCAAAUUUUCUCCACACAGAUUUUCGCUUGAAAUCCUUUAUUUCCUCUCGCGACUUUUAAUUCAAUAAGCUGUCUUAAACACUCUUCUGGGAAAUUGUUAGCCAUCGGCAAAUGGAAAACUAUUGACAAUCGAACAAAUCCUUUAUGUGUUGGCCAGAAAGCUUGCAAGAAGUCUAUUUUGUAUCGAUUUAACUG